AGGCAGCGACAGAGCAACACUCACUCCUACACCUGCUGCAUUGUAAAGCACUCGCCGAACAGCUACACACAUAGCUAUAUACACACCGUAUGUAUUUACGUAGACUGUAUAGCUAUAAGCAAACACAAAAUGGAAUUUGGAUCUUUGAUUGUCUUAGGAGUUCUGGUUCUCUGUCCAGAAGGAGCUGCUUCUGCUGUCUGUGAAGUGAAUAUGGACCCCUCUAGAGUCGUGGUGAGAUUUGGAGACCCAGUGACUGUCAACUGCUCCACAACACGUGAAGAUGUAUUGGGGGCUGGCUGGGAGUCUUCUGUUAACCCUGUGAAUGAAAUGAAUAGUAAAAUAGCAGUUUGGAAUGUCAGCAGCCUCACUGCUUGGGAUGCAGAGCCAAAAUGCUUUAUAAACUGCAUGAAUGAACCCCGUCAGUGUGCAGAAAAACUGGAUUUGGUUAUUUACAAGUAUCCAGAAAGCGUCUCCCUCCUUGCCCCUGACUUUAUGAAGAUCGGUGAAAAAUCCAAUAUAACGUGCCAGGUCCUAGAUGUGGCUCCUGUCAGAUAUCUCAGUGUGAAGCUGUAUAAGAGAGAUGAACAGCUUGGGAAUAGAAGCUUUACUCAUAACUCAGCAGUGUUUCCUGUGAAUCAAAGCGUCCCCUUUCCAGUAACACCAACCAGAGCAGACAAUGGAGCGGAGUACACUUGUGUGGCAGAGCUUCAAUUGGGACCCGGAGGACCGAAACCAAAUCCAGCAAAACUCUCUCCUCCCUUGAAAAUACCAGUAGUUUACAAGCCCAGUCUAUUGAGCGCUGCUGAAGAAAAUGUUGAAGUUCGUGAAGGGGGCAGUAUAGUUUUGAAAUGCUCCGCUGAUGGGAGCCCAGCCCCCACGUAUGAGUGGAUAUACCCCAAAGCUGAUAAUGUACAGGAGAUAACGAAGGAUGGAGUGUCUACUGUAAACAUCACAAGAGCCUCGUCUAGCAAUGCAAGGGUUUAUGAAUGCCAUGCUAAAAACAGAUAUGGGGUCGCAAGGAAGAACAUCACUCUUACAGUCAAAGGAGCUGCUUCUGCUGUCUGUGAUGUGAAUAUUGACCCCUCUAGAGUCGUGGUGAGAUUUGGAGACCCAGUGACUGUCAACUGCUCCACAACACGUGAAGAUGUAUUAGAGGCUGGCUGGGAGUCUUCUGUUUCCCCUGUGAAUGAACCAGAUAGUAAAAUAGCAGUUUGGAAAGUCAGCAGCCUCACUGUUUGGGAUGCAGAGCCAAAAUGCUUUAUAAACUACAUGAAUGAACCCCGUCAGUGUGUAAAAAAACUGGAUUUGGUUAUUUACAAGCUUCCAGAAAGCGUCUCCCUCAUCGCUCCUGACUUUAUGAAGAUCGGUGAAGAAUCUAAUAUAACGUGCCAGGUCCUAGAUGUGGCUCCUAUCAGAUAUCUCAGUGUGAAGCUGUAUAAGGGAGAUGAACAGCUUGGGAAUAGAAGCUUUACUCAUAACUCAACACAGUUUCCUGUAAAUGAAAGAGUCCCCUUCCCACUAGUAACACCAACCAGAGCCGACAAUGGAGCGGAGUACACUUGUGUGGCAGAGCUUCAAUUGGGACCCGGAGGACCGAAACCAAAUCCAGAAAAACGCUCUCCUCCCUUGAAAAUACCAGUAUUUUACAAGCCCAGUCUAUUGAGCGCUGCUGAAGAAAAUGUUGAAGUUCAUGAAGGGGGCAGUAUAGUUUUAAACUGCUCUGCUGAUGGGAACCCAGCCCCCACGUAUGAGUGGAUAUACCCCAAAGCUGAUAAUGUACAGGAGAUAAGGAUGGAUGGAGUGUCUACUGUAAAUAUCACAAGAGCCUCGUCGAGCAAUUCUGGUUUUUAUACCUGCCAUGCUAAAAACAGAUAUGGGGACAAGAUGAUGAACAUCACUGUUGCAGUUAAAGAUCAAGUUAUAAUUACAGGAGGUCGAGGUCGAUUUGUCUUUUGGGUUGUUGUUGGAGUGGGGGUGUUGGUGUUCGCAGGCCUCGUGGUCGGAUUCAUAUGUUACAGAAAAAGAGUGACUUGAGCCAUUGGACUUGGCCAGGAUGGAAAAGAAGACACGCCAAAACAUAUUUAAUAAGAAGAAGAAAAAGAAAAAGUUAAUUAAUUUAUGCUUAUAAACACAUUGUUUUAUGUGAAAUAAAAAAAUGUUCUAGAAAUCAAA